AUGGCACCUGUGGCGCUGCCAACAAUCGACAAACAUGCUGGAACAACUCGUUUGUCAACUGCGGUAGUGGAUAUGGGUAUUGCGGCGCGAGUGGCGCAUACUGCAACCCAGAGACCUGCAGUUCGAAUUACGGCACUCGUGGUGGAUAAUCCAGUCCGAGCUCAACUGCCAGCCCAGCGCCGUCCCCCAUCGCUUCCAUCUCCAAACCCUCCACCACAACCGGUCGUGAACCGUGUCACCAACUCCUCAUUCGGGCAGGAUAUUUCACGUUGGGGCGAUUCAAGCGGAAUGGGGGCCAGCGCGGGGGUAUCCGCCGUCAGCCCGCACACGGGAAAAUACUCGUACCAGGUCAAGGGCAACUGUUUGGGCGGCAGGUCCGGAUCUUAG